AUGGUUUCCAACAUUGAAACCCGAUUAACCUUUCGGGAGACGGAUGAGGCGGACAAGCCCAUUGCCACCUUUGUGUUUUCGGAGCAGGAUGCGCCUUCGAAGGGGACUGCGUCCAUUGUGGGCAGGGUGGAUGUGAUGGUAAGCGACAUCUCAUUUUCAGCUUGCGUUUCCGAUGCAGAACUGGCGGAUGUUCAAUCCAAAUGGGCAUUCUCAUGGGCAUCAUACAAAGUCAUGAAACAGAAUGAAUCGAUUGAUUCCUCUUCGUGGUCCACCAGACCCAUCAUCACUUAUCUGAGCGACGUCUUUUUGCCCUCUGGGUAUCCGCAAAGUGUGAGCGAUGACUAUCUACCGUAUCAAAUUUUUGUAAGUCAAUUGGUGCGCGAAGCUUCUAUAUCGCAAAAGCCAACAUCUACAUUGGGUCGUCCCUCGACUUUCUGGGUUCAAUCACAGACCGCACAGGUGCUAACUCAGGUCCCUCGCUCCUCCAAACAGGAUUCCCUCCAAGCAUUCUGCAGCUCAAUAGCUGGCCUCCUCUCCUCCCGUGCCGUUCUACAAGGAGUCGGCGUCGGCAACGCGGACGCCUCCCCAACCUCGGCACUCCUCUUACACAUCCUGCAAGACACAUCGGGCCGUAUCGCAACGAUUCUUUUCGCGCACCGCGUCGGCACAGCCCUCGAGCCGGAAUGCAAGACCUACCGGCUCGCUGCAGACGUGUUCAACGAUGUUGCCAUGAUCCUAGACUGUCUGUCGCCGAUGGUGCCGGCGGGAGCCAUGCGCGUCUCAAUUCUCAGCACGGCGGGAGUGCUGCGCGCGCUCUGCGGUGUUGCGGGUGGGAGCUCGAAGGCCAGUUUGAGCGCGCAUUUUGCGAAGUGGGGAAAUUUGGCGGAGCUUAAUGCUAAAGACUCGUCGCAAGAGACGGUUAUCUCGUUGGUGGGCAUGCUGGUUGGCUCCGUCGUUGUCUCACACGUCACAAGCUUCACCACAACUUGGGCAGCCCUAUUGACCCUGCUCGCCUUACAUCUCAGCCUGAAUUAUGCCGCCGUCCGUGCCGUCCAAAUGACGAGCCUAAACCGCCAACGGGCAAAUAUCGUCUUCUCAGCGCUCUUCGACUCCGACGCAGAUAUAAUUUUACACCCAGACACCCUAUACCUCCAAAUCCCCGCCAAGCCGAGCUCAAAAACAAGAUCCAGGGCCCAAAUAAGCCGUUCUCACCCCUCAACCUGGGUUAUCCUCAGCCCGGCCCAAGUAGCCUCUCAAGAACGCAUCUUCCACCGCGACGGCGCCUUACAAUGGCUAUCCACAUCCACCUCCCCCACCGCCACCAAGAACUCACCCCAAGAUCUCGGCAGCGCCGAAAUAGGCAUCUCGCUCGCAUCAUUCUUCACCUACGCCCGCCACCAGCCGUCCCACGACACUACGAGCACCGCCUUCCGAACGCCGAUCCCAAUGGCGCAACUAACAGCCCUCUUCACGCACGAGUCAUACCUCCUCUUCCUGUUCCCGACAUCCAGCAAGUGGCACGCGUCCAUCCUCCUGAAGAAAGGGUGCAGCGUGCGCGCGCAGUUGAAAGGCUGGGCACAUGCGCUCCUCGCAGCGCGUGUUCUGUCUAGUGUUCCUUCGGCCGGGCAUAGUCAGGCCCAAGCUCAAGGCCAAAGUCAAUCUCGGCCUAAGACGAGCCAGGAAGUGUUCGAGGUUGUGGCGCGUGUGCUAGAUGUUUUGAAUGAGGGGGGCCGGUUUGAGGGGUAUGUAGAUGCCCUGGAGGGGGGAGGAUGGGAGGUUGAUGUUGGGGCGAUGGAGACGAGAGGAGGGCGGAGGGUAGAUUGUAAUUAG